AUGGUUGAGGCAGCCGCGACCUCCUUCGCCUCGAUCCUCGUCCUCGGCACCGGCUUUGCCAUCGCGGGCUAUGCCUACCACAAGUCAUACAAAUACCUUGUCCUGAAGAAAAUGAUCAACGCAUUCGAGCCCGGCGACCCCGUGCUCGUCCUCGCCGCCAUAGGCAAGAACCUGCCCCCGUCCGACACGGCCCCCGCGACCAAUUGGGUCCAGCGUCCCGAGCAGACCGUGGUCGACGCGAUCGUGGCCGGGCGCGAGGUCGGCCACUACCACCUGCUUCUGGGCGAGAAGGGGACGGGAAAGAGCAGCAUGCUGCUGGAGGCGAUGCGCAAGAUCGACGGUGACGGCGUGGCCAUGUUUGAGGCGCACUCGGACCUGGAGAUCUUCCGGAUCCGCCUCGGCAAGGCGCUCGACUACGAGUUCCACGAGGACUACAUCGGGGGCUACUUCAGCGAGCGCGGGCCUAGGGACACGACGGCGCUGCUGGACAUUGAGCGGGCGCUGAACAAGCUGGAGAAGGUGGCGCUGCGGCGGCGGGUGGAGGUGGGCAGGCCGCUGGUGGUGAUCAUCAACCAGAUGCACCUCAUCCGGGACGACGAGGACGGCAAGGACCUGAUCGAGCUGCUGCAGCAGCGGGCCGAGCAGUGGGCGGCCGCGAACCUGGUGACAAUGGUGUUCAACAGCGACAACUACUGGGUCUACGAGCGGCUGAAGCAGCUCGCCAACCGGAUGGAGGUGCUCAGCGUCGUGGACCUGCACAAGGCCCAGGCCAUUACCGCGCUGCGCAAGUACAGGAAGCGGUACUUCCACGAGGAGUCGCCGCGCGAGAUCCUCGAGGAGGUCUACAACCGUGUCGGCGGGCGCCUCACCUUCCUCAACCGCGUCGCCAAGAGCCACGACAUGCUGGAAACUUGCGACAAGAUCCUCGAGGUGGAGAAGACCUGGCUCCUGAACCAGUGCUGGAUCCUCGGGUCCGAGAUGGACGACGACGUGAUGGACCAGCAGAAGUGGGCCUCCGCCACCCUCGUCCUCGCCACCGCCCUAGUCGACAAAGAGUCCGAGAUGGCAACGACCUACGACGAGGAGCUGGGCCACGUGCUCCCCUCUCUGGCGCUACAUGAGGCGCAGCAGGUGAUGACGCGCGCCGACUUCGUGCGCACGCUCGACCGCCUCAACCUCUUCAGCAUCACCAGCGCGGCGCGCGUGCGCGCCUCCUCGGUGCCCAUGCACCGCGCCGUGCGCGACAUUGUCGGCGCGCCGGGCUUCAGGCGCCACCUGGAGGACACGCUCGACCGCAUCAACGCCAUCGAGAGCCUCGGGCGCACGAGGGAGCUGGUGGCCAAGGAUCUGGUGCUCGGGGGCAGGUACGAAAUCCGGAAGCUGGGCAGGGGCGGUGGGGUGGAGGUUACGUUGAGGGAGAAGGAGGAGGACGAGGAGGACGAGGGGAAGAAGUCAUGA